AUGACGGUCUGCCCUGCGGACUGGAAGCCGGGGGAGCGCACCAUCAUCGCUGAUUCCGAGAAGAGCAUGGACUACUUCAGCGGGGUGGCAGAGCACGAGGGUGAUGGCGCCGACUACAAGGGGGUGGUGUCUGUGACGAGCCGCAAGGAGUACGACACACUGGUCAACGCCGAUAAGCCCUCGGUUGUUGACUUCAUGGCGCCGUGGUGCGGCAAGUGCCGCAUGAUCGCGCCGCUGGUCAGCGAGCUGGCGCUCAAGCACCCAGACCUGACGUUUGUCAAAGUGGACACCACCCGCGAUGGGUUCCAGGGUUUGUCAGAGGAGCUGGGGGUGAAGGCGCUGCCGGCCUUCAAGUUCUUCAGGGGCGGCCAGGAGGUGGUGGACCAGGUGGUGGGCUACAAAAAGAGGCCACUGGAGGAAGCCGUGGAGAAGCUGUCGAGCCUGUGA